ACGUCCAAAAACCAACCAAAGCACACACACACUCUGCCGGCCACCAUGCCCUCCUCUGCCUCCGCUGACGCCGAGGGCGCCCGCAGCAAACGCAAAAGAGGCUCGUCGGCCGCAUGCGCAUCCGACGGCAGCGACCAGCAGGGCCCGUCGUCCCACUGGCUGACGCCGCGCGCGCAGCAGGCAUACUCCUCCAAGCUCCUCCAGGCGCUGCGCCUCGUGCGCGGCGGCACUGGCACACCCACCUGCUCCGCCUCCGCCCCGGCGGUGCGCGACGCGGCCUACCGCGCGCUGGCCGUGGCGGCGCGGGGUCGGUCGCGCUGGAGCCGCGCCAUCCUGGCACGCAGCCGCCGGCGCCGGGCGCUCCUCCGCGCGCGCCGACCGCCGCCCCCGACGCCAAGGCACCGUCAGCGGCGGCAUCAGCAGCAGCAGGACGAGCGGCCGGCGGGAGGGCUGGCUGGCAGGGCCAAGGUGCUGGCGCGGUUGGUGCCAGGGUGCCGGAGCCUGUCGCUGCCCGCGCUCCUGGCCGAGGUGUCCGACUACGUCGCCGCACUGGAGAUGCAGGUGCGCGCCAUGGGCCAGCUCACGCACGACCUCGCGUCCUCGUCUUCCGCGCCGACGACGGCGUCAACGAUGAUUGCUCCGCCCUAGCUCGGCUCAGGCGCUCAGCUCCUUCUCUUGGAAUGGAUUUGGGUGGCAAUGGAAAUGGGAGAUGCCUGUACAUUUCAACUAGCUGUUAGAGUUGAUCGAUCGAUUUUGCUUGGCUUUUUUUGGAUUGGUUUUGGACAAUAUUUGAUUUGAUCUGUCUCUUGCUUUGCUUAAACUGUAAGGUCUCCUUUGGUCUUGUUAUCAUUUGCUAAGACUGGCGCUAAAGAAGUCGUGUAAGCUGAAUGUGAAGUCGUGUAAGCUGAAUGUGAAAUGAUGCUUCACAAGUGUAAACGUGUGCGAUGUUUGAAUGCAAAAGCAAGCAAGUAACCAAAA